UAAAUUGCACGUUGGCCGGUCCGAGAGCGCAGUGCCACAGCGACCGCGCCGCGCACUCCUCGUGCCUCGAGCCCCUCGUGCCGAUUGUGCUCAGUGAACCUGCAGUGACCGUGCAGUGCAGCAGCAGCCCCUUGGAUAUUACCUGCGCCCCGUACACACCGCCGCCAUGGCCCGACGCGCCGCCAGGAGUGCGGUGCUGCUGCUGGGAGCCCUGUGCGUGCUCGCCGUGCCGCUGGACGCCGCCGCCACCGCCAGGGACAGGAGGGCGCUACUGCCAGGUAGUCCCAGCAACUCCUAUCUGCCGCCCACCGCGGGAGGCCCAGGCGGCGCUAGUGGACCCGGGGCCGCUCCUGGAGCCCGAGGACCCCAAGGCGGCUUCCCCGGCGUCGCUCCGGGCGGCCAGGGCAGUUUUGGACCCCAGGGCGGCCUCAACGCAGCUGGCUUCACCGGGCCCCAAGGUGCUGGGCUCGGUCCUCAGGGCCCUGGAUUUGGACCGCAGGGCGCUGGACUUGGUCCGCAGGGUGCCGGAUUCGGACCGCAGGGCGCUGGACUCGGCCCUCAGGGUGCCGGAUUCGGACCACAGGGCGCUGGACUCGGCCCUCAGGGCCCUGGAUUUGGACCACAGGGCGGCCUAAACCGUGGCGUCAAUGCUCCCGCUGACUCGUACAUCGCCCCCGGCGGACCUGGAUCCAACAACAUCGGUGGUCAGAACCGCUUCGCCGGAAACGGCCAGCAAGGCCAGCAGGGCUUUAACGGCCAGCCAGGCUUCAACGGCCAACAGGGCUUCAACGGUCAGCCAGGCUUCAACGGCCCGCAGGGCUUCAACGGCCAGCCAGGCUUCAACGGCCCGCAAGGAUUCAACGGCCAGCCAGGCUUCAACGGCAACAACCUGGGCGGCGGCAACGCCCCCGGCAGAACCUACGGCGUCCCUGGCGUCGGCCAGAACAGCGGACUGCAGGGAGGAGUGAACGGCCCCGCGCGCACGCUGCAGACCCCCAACGGCUUCGCUGGCAACAACGCCUUCCCUAGCCAGCAGCCCCAGCAGGGUGGUUUCCCCGGCCAGCAGGGCGGUUUCCCCGGCCAGCAGGGCGGUUUCCCCGGCCAGCAGGGCGGCUUCCCGGGACAGCAGGGUGGCGCUCCAGGCUUCCGCGGCGCGCAGGGUGGUCUUCCCGGCCAGCAGGGUGUGGGAGCAGGAUACGCCCCUGGUCAAGGUGCUUUCCCUGGACAGCAGGGAGCUUUCCCCGGACAACAGGGCGCUUUCCCCGGACAGCAGAAUGGAUUCCAGAACCAACAGGGUGGUUUCCCAGGACAGCAAGGCGGUGCCCCGGGCUUCCGUGGUGCGCAGGGCGGCCUUCCUGGCCAGCAGGGUCUGUUCCCCCAAGGCCAAGGACUUGGCGUGUACGCCCCCGGGCAGCAGGGGUACUCUAGCGGCAGGCCCACUGGCGGCUUCAACGGCCCCGUCGGCACUGGCCAGCCCGGCUUCAACAACCUGCCCGGUGCCCAGUUCCCUGGCCAGCAAGGGGGCUUCCCCGGACAGCAAGGGCCUGGAUUCCGCGGCCAGCAGGGUGGUCUCCCUGGACAGCAGGGUGGCCUCCCCGGACAGCAGGGUGGCCUCCCUGGACAGCAGGGUGGCUUCCCCGGACAGCAGGGUGGUUUCCCCGGGCAGCAGGGUGGUCUUCCUGGACAGCAGGGUGGUCUUCCUGGACAACAGGGUAGGUUCCCUGGACAGCAGGGUGGCUUCCCCGGACAGCAGGGUGGUUUCCCCGGACAGCAGGGUGGUCUUCCUGCACUGCAGGGUGGCUUCCCCGGGCAGCAGGGUGGCCUCCCCGGACAGCAGGGUCCUGCAUUCAGGCAGCCCGGUCAGGGCCAGCAGGGAUUCCAGGGGUACCAGUACUAGAUUGACUACUCUGCAGCGGAAGGGAGUGUCUCCCCCACGCGGCUCGCGCUGCUCCCAGCGCCACGACUCCGCCACCGAUACUCCGUGUCGCUAGCGCAGGCAGGGCGCAGAUACCCCGCGCGGAGAGGCCCGGUCCCUUUCCCCGUUCGGAGUCGUGUCGGUGUUGGCAGAGUGUAGAGCUGGGGGAGGAUAAAGGAGUCCAUUUGUGUUCUUGUCAAAAGAAAGUUACCAAUUCCAAGUUACCAGUAUAAGCCACGUAGGGCUUUCCUUUAUUUAUUUCUUUGCGUAGUUUAAUUUUGUUAGAUAUUUAUUUAUUUUUCCUUUAGCUCUCGAUUUAUUUUUCUUUGGCUGAACCACACUAUUUGUAAAUCGUGUCACGUAUUUUUCUAUACUUUUGUAACUCUUCAAAAAGUGAAAAAGGGAUAGAAUUAAAAAUAACCAAAACAAUCCACCA